AUGCGUCAACCCAUCGCCAGACUUAGACUUUGGCUUCAUGUUUCGGCACCCUGACUAAAAAAUUGGCUGUGUGGCACCUCAAAAAAUUAUUUAUGAACAAAAAUUCGAGGAUUUUUUAAAAACCAAGCUGCAAGCCCAAAUAGAGAAAAUGAAAUACCUGAUAUAAUAAAGUUCCUAAAAGAAGAGUUUUUAAGGCUGACUCGAAAAACAGCUUCGAGACUGGAAAAAGGCGUUUUUAUAGCUGAGCUCAAGAAAAAUCCUCUUUUGGCUGAAGUUUUUGGGUUUGAUGAAAAUAGUAAAGAAAAGGAAAUUGAGGAACAAGUGGAAAAUAUUGGGACUGAAGAAUGAAUUAAUAUGGACGAGUUCCUGCUGUUUUACCAAGUUUCCAAGAGCAACUUGCUGAACCGAUUCAUUCAAAAGCAGAGACCCAGUCAAGUGCGACUAAUGAUUCCUUUAUGGAGCAGAACAAACAGAGAACUGACGAUAUGAGCAGGAUUAUUGAAGGCUGCAAGCUAA